AUGACGACCAUACCUCGCAAGGGAGCGGUCGAGAAUCAGACAACGAACUUAGAAGACCUGCGUCCGAGUACGGAGACAGAGACAGCUAUGGACGUCGACGAGCUCGACCCCGAAUGCUCUGCAGCUACCCAGAAACGCCCUACCACGCCGGAAAUUCGGGUCCUCUCGAAGGAGGACCAAAUCAAACUCCGGGUGAAAGAGCACGUCGGGCUCUGGAAGCAAUGCCAAGUAGCAUCCAGAGAAGGUCCGACGGAAAGGCUCAGAGCCUUACUGACUAUGGCUCAGGAGAGUCAGAAAGGUCUUCAGAAACUCAUAGACAAUUCCGAGAUCGAGAGUUACGUCAAGGGAUGGAACCCUUGGGAAGAGAAAAAAAUCCACUUCCCAUCUCCUCCAAAGAAGUCACUCAUGAAGUUCAAGAAGACCGAAGCGGGAAAGAAACAGAGCUCGAACACCGUCAAUUACUCCGACCCUGCCAAAUGGAAGAAGGUGGCGGAUCUGCUCAAAAUAGCCGACGGCCUAUACCAGAACCUCAACUGA